AUUACGGCUUCAUGAGAUCGUGAUGCUUGCGAGACGCGCUCUCGCUUUGUGGCGCCGCAUCGCUGGCACUUCACUUUCUGAGAAUCUGAACAACUGCAAACCCUUUUGUGCACCACAUAGCACCAGCGCUAGCACGCAGGAGAGCUUAGAAGAAAUCCGAGCUCGUAUUUUUGGCAAUCAUAUCGGUAACAAUCUUCGAUCUGGGAGGAAGUUGCUGAGAAAGAGGCUCAUUGGGGAGAAGGUGGCGAGCUACUAUCCUGAGCCCAUCUCGAAAAUCGAUCCCAUGUUCGUUGACAUGGAUCUGGAAAGGAAAAAGAUGAAGUUAGAUAAGCUCAAACGCCGUGGAAAGGCCCCACCGAAGAAGGGACAAGGAAAGCGAGCCACAAAGGCUAAGAAGCGCUGAGGAGUGAGGAGAGUCAGGGAGUUCAAAGCCUUUGCCUCGCAGUAGACAGCCUGCUUAGCUUUCUUCGAAUGGUACUUGUCGAAACACACAAAAUAUAUCACGAUUCAUAGCUAUGAUAUCUUCAAGGCAGAAAGCAAAUCCAGUGCUUCAUUUGCUAGACAGCGGUUGCCAUCAUCAUGAGUCCGCAGGCCAUUGAACCUCUGGGGAUCUGUAGGCUUCCAGUCAAAUGGCUAAUGUGUGGUGAUUGGGCAAGCUGUUCAUGCGAUGCUUGACGAAAUUUCUGUCAGCAUGGGCUUGAUGGCGUUGGACCUCUGCAUCUCGAGACCCUAUCACUGGCAAAGCACAAGUGGCUGCAAACAUUUGAUAAUUGCAGCUGACAGACUGAAUUGUAAUGUUUGGUAAU